AUGGAGUGCGACAUCUGUCACCGGGACCAUGAUGCCCAGAAGCUUCCAUUUCUCUGCGCAUUCGAUGCUCGCAAUAGCUUGUACGAGCUUCGCAUAAAUAGUUUGGAAGCCCUUCUUGAAAAUGAAAGUCUCCAGGGACAGGUCAAUGAGUUCUACGCCAAGUCGAGCAAGAACAGCCACGGCGACAUCGAACAGUGUGCGGCAACGCGGCACAUGGAGGAGGACCGGACUGAUGAAAUCCUCGCCUCGGCCAACAAACUGAACGAAGAGAUACAGGCAGCCAGGGAAGAAAUUCGAACACGAAAGGCCGCGCUAUCUCGCAGAAGAUCCGACUUGGCAUCCGCUUCAGGCGGCUUAGCAGAACGUCGGGUAAAGCAGCAACAAGAGUUGGAUAAGUCGGCUCAAGUGGCCAGGUUUCGGUGGGCUCAGAGGGCUGAAGCCACUGCCAACACUCGCGCGUUUCUGUGUACUCAGGCAAUCAGACUAUACGGACUCAAGAGAACGAAGAAGGCGGGGUCUGCCCGAUACGAAUACCAGCUUGGUAGAGUGCCUAUUAUCGACUUGGUUGCCAUGGAUUCCUACACCCCAGAGGUUAUAUCCACUUCCCUUGCUCAUGUGACUCACAUCUUGAUGCUUGCGCACGACUUUCAUCCUAUUAAUGUAAAGGUCCCGGGCUGGGGACCGAACGGUGAGGAGGUGGAAGAAGAAAGCCAGGGGAACUGGCUUGGUCGAUUUUCCCACGGUGCAACAUUCUACUUCCUGGGUGGUCACGAAGGAACCGAGUUGAUUCGAAGUUUGAAGCUGCCAAGUCCGAUGAAGUUGGCAGAUAGAUUAAAGAAGAAGCUUGUUGGGGACGCGCCAGCUCCGGAUUGGGAGAUUCUGGAUGACGAUGCCUGGAAAAUCGAAGACUUGCCGGGGGCUGAUUCUGGUGCCACAAGUGCUCAAAAUGUCCUGGACAAGUCUACCCAUGCAAAGUCAACUCCUCGCUCUGGGACCAAUGGUUGGACCAAGGUUAAGCAUAGAUGA